UCAGCUCUCAGUCGCUACGAACAAGGCAACAGUUGAGCAACGUGACGUGUUUUCUAAUCUUCGAGUGAAAUUCGCAUAUUUAAAUCGAAAAAACAAUCCAAAGUAAAUAAAUAAUGUGGAAGAGUUUUUCGUACGUUGUGAUGUUUGUCGGGCUGCUUGAACUGUCGCAGGCACAGCGGCCAUCCUUUGCGGGCGCGCGUCCACCCGGCGGACUCAGUCAGAAGGACAAGUAUCAUGCUGCCCAAAAUACGGUCGUGGAGAACAUAACUGGCGUGGACAUUGUCACACGAUUUGGCGAGGAUGCCGUCGCCCAGCAGACGCAGACAAUCAAUUUGGCCUACGGCGCCGCUCAGAGGCCUCCAAUGGGUGUGCCCCUGGUGCUGCCCAUAAGCAGCUAUGUGCCCGAUGUGGCAUCGAUACCGCCAGCACCAGCACCAACACCAACACGAGCACCAACACCAGCAGCCGUUGACUUUGCGAAUCGCUUUGGUGGUACAGACGGCCCCGUCAACACGCCCAUUGCGGGCAUCCCGAAUGCGCCCACGGCUCGUCCCAUUGCCAGUGCUGGUACCUUUGCCACGGCUCGUCCCAUUGCCAGUGCUGGUACCUUUGCCACGGCUCGUCCCAUUGCCAGUGUCGGCGUUAUAAGACCCGUGUCUAAUGCAUUGCCCAUCGAUGCGCAUGGCGAUCAGGAUUAUGUGAAUCAUCUAAGCCAACUGCCUGCGGACAACCAGCCAUUCUGGUUCCUCAACUAUCAGGCCAUUGAGGCGUUGAGAAACAGCUCGAGGCCAAAUGUUAGUGCACUUGAGAAUCGGGGAUCUUUCUUUGCUGGCUAAAAAACUGGCUUUCCAGCCGCAAAUAAAACAAUGCCAAUAGUAAAUUUAUUUAAGCUCGUUUCGCCUGUGCAAAGACAAUUUAAUUAUAAAAGCGUAUAAAGUAAAUAUACAAAUAUUUAUAUUGUCUUUUGUCUGUGUGGUGUGUACAUUAUACACUCUUACUCAACAAUAUUAUCUCGAAAAAAAACCGGAGGAAAUACCAAAACGUGAGGCAUGAUUUGUGUGUGUUUUUUUUUCAUGCUAGAAGAUAACGUUUACCCUUAGGUGCUUCAUUAAUUAUAAUAUAAUAUGCAAACGUAUUUAAAUACAUAUUUAUAAGAGAAUUAUACGAAUUAUUAUUGUAUGUUAAUUGUUAUACAAACUAAAACUCAGCAUACAUAUUAUUUAUAAAAACUAAACAAAAUAUACAGAAAUAAUUGAUGUUUGAAUUAUUUAUUUAUGGCUUGGCCAAAUUUUUGCCCUGGGAAGAGAUAUUUAUUAAAUUGUUGUCCAUUCUGUUACUACUUAGCAGGGCGAAUCUAAAUAAUGGAAAUCCUAUACACAAAAUAUAAUUAUUCUGUCAUAAUUAUUACCAAGUUCUGUUUACAUCCUCGAGCUUUACAUUUUCUACUACCUUUGAAGCUGUUAUCUAACUGGCUGCCAUAGUAAUGAAAGCAGCCUGUUAAAUGCUUCAGAAAGGCAAAACGUAAACAUAAAUAAGAAAACCACUCACAAAUAGCAAUUUAUAAGCAGGCAAAGCAUGAAAAAUGCAUUCAAAGAGCCAGAACAAAGGAAAAGCUAAGGAAAAGGAGCUCAGAAAUGUGGAAGGAACCAUCUAGCGGCAGGAAAAAUGCACAACAAAAACAACUCCAAUGCAAUGUUUGAAAAUGGAUCCGAACAAUGGAAAGUGCUGGCCAAGAGCAGCGGCUUGUUGAGCUUCUUGGGCGCUUCUUAAUGGCGAAUGAUUUGCAAAACAAAACAAAAAGAAAAAUGAGCGAAAAAACCUCGUCGCUGGAGCAAAAGUGUCAACCAGCCACUGAAAAGGGCACUGCAAAAGUAAGGAGUAGAGCACCGCUGUUGAAAUAAAACUUAAAUAUAUAUGCAGCUAGUUUAACGUGGUUUAAUAGAUACAACAAUAGAUUUAUA